GCCUAAAAGAAUGGAAAUUCCUCGGGGACACACACACCAUAGUCAUAUCUGUCAUCAAAUAUUGAUGCAGCAAAUAUGGAUGCAGUAUUUUUAUUAUGUAAGAAAGAUCCUAAACUACUCAUCCACGUUCGAAGUCUCGUGGCAGUUAAAAACCCUAAUUUUUCAGAUUCAUCGAUGAGAUGAGAAGAGAAAAUGGAGUAGGAGGAAGGCCAAGUCUCUCAAAUCUUCCUCCCCAACCAUCCCCCAUGGCUUUCAGUUUUCUAGCUGAGCGCUCUGAUUCUGAAGCGCACCCUGAUUGUUCUCACAAUGGUAUGUGGGUCAAUGAAGUUAAUAACAGUGAUCCGUGUGAUAUAGUAUGUGAAACUUCCAGUGAUACUAGUGAUGAUGAUAGGCUAUGCCAUGACUUGGCUCCUAAAACAAAUGGUAACCCGACAGAGAAGUCUAGUGGUUUGGGCCCUCAGGGCAUUCAUGAGCAAGAAUUUUGUUUGGAAAUGGAUUGGACAGAGAAAGAAAUAUGUAUGAAAUGUGAUAAAGGUGGUGAGGUGUUGGGUUGUAGUGACAAUUGCUGCCCAUUAGCUGUUCAUGAGGAAUGCAUGCACUGCUCAGCUCGGUUUGAUAGUGCCGGAAACUUCUAUUGCCCUUAUUGUUCAUAUAAACGAGCUAUGUUGGAAAGACGUAAAGCAAGGAAAAAGGCUAUGUUGGCAAAGAAAGCUUUAUCAAUUUUUUUGAAUACAGGAAUGAUGAACGUUGACCCACAUAAGCAAAAGGCUGAGAGAGUUGGGAGGAAAGAGCCAAAUCCAUCCACAGUUGUGAGAGACACAGAAUAUAACGAUACCAGGAAUAAAUUGGAAUUGAACAGCAAUGAAGUUGCCGUUAAAAUAGAGGCAGAUCAUAGAGAAGAAAGAUUUAAUUUUGAAUGCACUACAAGCAUUGUACCUUAUAAAGGUGCUGCGGCAUCAGCAACAAAUGAGCGAAAUGAUGUUGUGCUGGGUAGAUGUGGGAACAAUGCAAGACCGUAUGAUGGGCAUCAGCAUAAGAUAGUGAUUGGAAAAUGGAUGCGUGCAGGGCCUAUUAUUGCCUGUGGUCAUGUUGGCGGUGCUUGUUGUAGGGAAGAAGAGACGGGACAUCAAUUUAAAAUGGUACAGGCAGGCAAAAGUGUUCAAGUAGAGCACCCAAGACUAGUCGAACUAAAUACCAAUGUGGUGCACAAAGAGCAAAAAAAUGCAGCCAGCAAAUCUAGAGUACAACUAAUGAAGCCAUCAUUUCCUAACAUGAGGCGUAAAAAACGACCAUGGACAGCUGAAGAGGAAGAAAUGCUAAAGCCAUCUAACUUCAUUAAGCACUUCAAUGGUGCAGCAAGGAGUGCAGAAAUUCUCAACGUUGGUCAACAAAAAUCUUCCAUGGAGGAAAAUUUUGGAAUUUGGUCGCCAUGUUUUUGAUGGGACUCGUACCCCAGUUGACCUCAAGGACAAAUGGAGGAAUAUUUUGGUCAAAGAAUGCUCAACAAAAUAAUUGAAAGGUACUUUGAUAUGACUGACUCAAAAAGCACCAGGUAACUUAUUGAUUAUACAAGUAAGAAGUUUCAAAUGUCUAAUUGGUCCUUCUUGUUGGAGCUUCAUGGUAUUUGUGAUGGGUGGAGAGGAUGUGAAAUUGAAACUAUUCUUUUGUCUUCUAUCUGAAUGUACAUCAAGUUUUUGACAAGUUAUAUUGAAUUGAUUAACUUGGCUUUUCCUGUUUUUAUGUAAAUUUCCUGUUGUGAUAAUGAGGGCGGAUAUUUUUGUAGGAUUUUUUCACUAAGGGCCACAAUAAUGGCAAGUUUGCUUGGGGAUUUAUUGAAGAUGUAUUUGCUUUCAUUUUUGGCUUAAUAGGAAAGUUUUUGUGAAUC